UACCUUUUUUUGGCAUUAGCUACAGAAUUUAGGAAUCAAUAUUAAAAAACCGAACCGAAAGUUCGCAGACCAAGGAAGGACAACUCCACCGGCGGAAAAGUGAAAUGUCCAAGAAAUACGCCUAAUGGACGUGAAAAGUCUACUUAAUUUGCCUGCUCUAUAUUUAGUUAUUCAGAUUGUUAAUUCCACUGCAUUCCUCAUUCGCCAGGACAAAGAGAAAUUACAACUUCUCCGUGAACAAAGUUUUCCUGUAACUAACGAUUGGCGUCAGCAAAAUUACUCAAGAUACAUUUCAAAUUUCGCCUCCCAUUUCGGGAAAGAGCGGUGUAUGUUAGUGGGUAGCACAAAAGAGGGGACCCGACUUCGCUUUACUCGCGAUGAGGGAGACUAUGACUAUUUGUUAAUCUCUGAUGUCUCUAUACCAGCAGAAGCCUUAGAAUAUCGUGCAGACGUUCCAUGUUUUGUUCAUAUCAAUGUCAACAAAGUGCAGUACAAUUUUUCAAACUAUUCUAUUGUGGAUGGAAAGUAUUUGAACACAUUUCUAUUGAAAGAUUUUGACAAAAGGGUCUUCAAGAUUUUAAGAGGUCUUUACGAUGUUUUAACCUUGCCUUCUUUAACCCAUUCUUAUGACAGUAUUCACAUAAAAGUCAACAAACAGGUAAAGCCCGGUUACAACCAGAUGCACUAUGCUGGUUUUGAAUACAGAGAUGCACAUCUUGAUUAUAUUCAGGUAAAAGCAGAUAUCGAAGCAAUUACAAGACAAUUUAGAAAUCUGCUAGCUAGUAGUGAUAUCUCAGAGGAUAUGCUCUCGGUUUUGAGCAAUACUUUAUCCUUAAUCGAGGAAUUAAGACCCGAGGAUAUUACAAAUUCUCUUACUUUUCAAACAUUUGGAGCUCUCAUUAAAGCUGCAUCUGGCGAAACCAUUUCAUCACUACAUAAAGGUAAACCGAAUACGAUGAAAGAAAGGGAUACCAAUGAAACCAGGAAAGAUAAUAAACAAAGUCCUCCUGAAUCUCAGAAUUAUCUUGCUAUACAGUACGAGUACAAGUCUGGUCGUGAUUUUAUACCAGCGUUUCCGAUUGCAGGAAAGCUCCCGUGUUUGGAUGAAUGGAGAAACCGCUUGUUAAAAUCAAGUGUCUUUUGGCCAAGUCAAGAAACCAUUAAUAAGAUCUACGAAAGUGAAUUUUUUGUCAUAGCAAAACCAGCAAUUGUCAAUGCCGAGGUUAGCAAGGACUUCUGUAUCGGUUUCAACAAUGCCGAGAUGAUUCUGGCUUCAUCAUUUUCCGAUGGUCAGAGAUUAUGUUUCUUGCUUUUGAAAUCUUUACUAAAAGGCUUUCUUAAACCAUACUCAGAGCGACUGACCACAUAUCUUUGGAAAUCAGCAUUUUAUCACGUGUCUGAAAACACCGAAAGAGACGAGUUUUCGAACACAAUUGGAAUAUUUUCAGUAUUGAGGAAUGUUACAGAAUACAUGCUUGAAUGCCUUGAGAAACUUUAUUUACGACAUUACUUUAUUGAAAGUAAUUUGAUUGCUCAUUUUAGUGAGGAAGAAUCAUAUCAAAUUAUUACUGCUCUUAAAUCUCUACUCUCGGAUCCAGAGAAAGCUAUAAAUGUUUAUUUUUCUUCCAAGAAAACAGAUGAAAAGAUUAUUGAUUAUAUUGCCAAAGAACAAAUUGAAGACUUGAAACACCAAGAAGGCGACUCCUCUCGAACAACCCACGCAGAAUCAGUUGUGUCCCUUAUAAGUCACCUCCAAGCUGGGACGGGUAACAAUUCCACCAAAUUCGUGGAGGCCAUACUUGACACUCUGUCUGUGGUGGUGAAAUCUGAAUUAAACUUCGACUGCUACAAACAUGAUUUUUGUGUGGAAAUUCUAAAAAUGGUAGGAGAUUAUCUCAACACAAAAUUUAGGACUAAAGAGGAAAGAAAGGCAAGUUUAGGGGGCAUAGCAUUAAUAUUUUCGCUGUUUCAGUCCUUCACAAAAAAAUUAUUUGUAUGAAUUUUGGGUUAUUAUGAAUUUCACAAAUUACCUAUUUCAAAUCGUUCAAUUUUUUUUUAAAAUUGACGUGAAUUUUUUUUAAUGGUUUGUCUGUAUGAUGCAUGUAUUUUUAAAACACCGGGAAAAUGA